AGGGGGGGUUGGUUGGGGUGGGCUACGCACGCGCUUUUGUUACCAGCAGCCCUGACGCCUCUCGUCGCCUGCGAAUGCUUUUUACUGGGGGUUGCAGUGGGGGCGGGGAAAGAAAGGCGGGAGGCCGUUGCCUCACACUGGGCGGGUUGGAGACAUCGCGGAGAGGAGCCAGUGCGCAUGCGCCGUGGAGUUCUGUGAGGCGGUUGGGCGUGUACGAAGAGUGUCGCGGCGGCGGCGGCGGUUUGGGGAGGCGUUUGGAGUGGCUACCAGAUUUACUUACUGAGACUAUCAAGAUGUCAAAGCAACAACCUGCUGAAAAAUUUACAAAUCCAGAAACUCCUGGUUAUGUUGGAUUUGCAAACCUUCCAAACCAAGUUCACCGAAAGUCUGUGAAAAAAGGCUUUGAGUUCACCCUUAUGGUUGUUGGUGAAUCUGGACUGGGAAAAUCUACUUUGAUAAACAGCCUGUUCUUAACAGAUCUCUACCCAGAAAGGAUAAUCCCAGGAGCAGCUGAGAAAAUAGAAAGAACGGUGCAAAUUGAAGCUUCAACUGUUGAGAUUGAGGAAAGGGGCGUAAAGCUCCGUCUAACUGUAGUAGAUACACCAGGUUAUGGUGAUGCAAUCAAUUGCCGAGAUUGUUUCAGGACUAUUAUCUCCUAUAUCGAUGAGCAAUUUGAGCGUUAUCUUCAUGAUGAGAGUGGUUUGAACAGACGGCAUAUUGUAGAUAAUCGUGUUCAUUGCUGCUUCUAUUUCAUUUCACCAUUUGGUCACGGUUUCAAGCCCUUGGAUGUUGAGUUCAUGAAAGCCGUACACAACAAAGUGAAUAUUGUGCCGGUAAUUGCAAAAGCUGACACUCUCACUCUGAAGGAGCGUGAAAGGUUGAAGAAAAGGAUUCUGGAUGAAAUUGAAGAGCAUAGUAUCAAAAUUUAUCACUUGCCUGAUGCAGAAUCAGAUGAAGAUGAGGACUUUAAAGAACAGACUAGGCUUUUGAAGACAAGCAUUCCAUUUUGUGUAGUGGGAUCUAAUCAGCUAAUUGAAGUCAAAGGCAAAAAGGUCAGAGGUCGGUCCUAUCCUUGGGGAGUUGUUGAAGUGGAGAACCCAGAGCAUAAUGAUUUCUUGAAACUAAGAACCAUGUUAAUCACCCAUAUGCAGGAUCUCCAGGAAGUGACUCAGGAUCUUCACUAUGAGAAUUUCCGUUCAGAAAGGCUUAAAAAGGGUGGCAGGAAGGUAGAAGAUGAGGAAGUCAAUAAAGAUCAAAUCUUACUGGAAAAAGAAGCUGAACUCCGUCGCAUGCAAGAAAUGAUUGCAAGGAUGCAGGCGCAGAUGCAGAGGCAAAGGCAGGGAGGUGAAGAAGACAUUGCUAUGACUCAUGGGCAUAAAGUUUAAUUUAUUUGAAAUUCUCAUUAAUUGGAGCCAUUUGAGACAUUGAUGUAUUUUGGGGAGAGAUGCUCAUUGUGCUGUGAAUUGGAAGGCCUGUUUGCAUUCAACAUGCAAUUAUAUUACGGUCAAUUUUGUAAUACCUAUUUUGUAAACAGUUUAAGAGUUGAUCAGCAUUUUAAUUUUAUUAUGUAGUAUGGUGAUUUACUAACACUGAUACUUACUACUCUUUGUGAACUUAUUAUGCUAUUCCACACACUUACUUAGACUUUCCUAAUCUAAUAUUUCUCAUUUAAUGGUAAUGGAUUACUGUCACUAUUUAGAGUUUCUUUUUUGCACUGAAGGGAUCAAUUGAUUUUGACCACAGCCUCAAAGGCCAAAACCUGCAUGUGUGUUUUCCUCUAUAGCCUUUCCAUAUAUAUCGUGUGUUUGUCUUGAGUAUAUACAGAACAACAAACCAAUUUGUGAUCUACUUUUCCCACGAAUAUCAAAUUUGGUUGGUCACAUGAAAAGUCAGCCCUAGGUUUUCUGUUCUAGUUGUUUUUGCUGGAGGACAUUGUGAAGAAAAUUGUGAGUGAACAUUUAAGGCUUGAAGGGGAGUCCUUCGCUUGUAGGCUAUCCAACGAUGAAACGUGAACAUGAAAUUCUUUAGAGCCAUUUUUUUCUUAUAUUUGACAACAUAGUACGACUGUGUGCCUCAAACACUCCUGAACUGCUUUACACUUCUUGUAUUGCAGACUCUUUUUAUGAAAUACUGUACAUAAUUGCCACGCACAUGCAUUUUGUAAUUUUUUAAUUUAGAAAAUAAUUAUAUAACUCUUAAAGGCAUGGUACAGUGUAGAAAGCAAUCGCUAUUACAUAUUCUGAUGUGUUUUUAUAUAUUUUUACCUUAAAAAAAGACAACCAAAACAUAUCUUCAAGUGUUUGUUCUCCUGAAUUAAAGGGAGAGAGGAUAUGCUGUGUCAGGAGAAUGGCUGCUACCAGUUGCUCCAAAGUACCCAUGCAUGGGCGUUAGUACUGUGGUUGAAAAAGCAUGAAAGAGAGUGAUUUUAAAUCUCCUGUCAUUUAGUCUUCCAGCUUUAGGAACAUGUGGAACCCAUAAGAAAUCUGCAGGUUGUGUGCUGACAUCUUUCUCUUGGUCACUGUCACAUGCUGAUUGUUUCUGAUACUCUGGUAUGUUUCAUGUAUUUAUAUUUUGACAGCAUUCUGAAAAACAAAGAAAAUCUAUUCUUUUCCUCUGCAUUCAAUGACAAACCAAGUUAAUGAUGUACAUACAGAAUAGGCUUUACUGGUUCCAGCAAGUAGCAGUAAUUUCCCUUCCGGAAAAUAGCAAGGAAAGUUUCCAUUUCAGUGUUGUAGCUGCUUUUGCCAAAAAAACAAUUGCAUCACCUGAAAUGCACACAUGUACAUAUGCACCAUACCCAUUCAUUCAGCAUAUGGAGCCCCCAUGCAAUGAGGAGACAUGGGUUAUCCACUGCUCUCAUUGUGUGUCAGCUCCAGAAGUGAACUGAGUUAUUGAACAGGAUGUACAUAAACACAUAUUCAGUGUUGUAUAUGUGUGAGAAAUAAUAGAUAUUUGAAGUGAAAAAGGUAAUGUGAAGUGAUUUUGCUUAAUCACUGAAUUGCUUUUUCCUUACAAUUAAAAUAAUUAUUCUAAAAUUAUCACUGCAACAAUUGAUUGGGUGAAAUCUAGUAACAUAAAAUUAUACUGCAUGAGUCUGAUGAUAUCAUCAGUCAUCCCAUUAUUAUGGUAAGUGAAAAAAAUGCCUAUCCCCUUCCCCCAUAAUGUUCCCGGGCUCCCUUAGGAUCUUUUUGAUCCUGGGGAAGCCUUUCGGGAUCACAAGACAAGGGGAGUGUUAAAUGUUCCAAAAUCACCACUGUUGGCCCAGCUGUGGCCGCAGGAACUGGCAGUGGGAAUUUUCAGACAUUUAAGACUUCCUGACCCUAUUCAUCUAUACCCAAAGGAUUCCCCAGGACCAAGGGACUCAUAAGGGAGCUUUGGUACAGUGGUGCCUCGCAUUACGACGUUAAUUCAUUCCAGCAAAAUCGCUGUAGAACGAAAACGUAACGCGAA